AUGCUCCUCCCCCGUUCUGCUCGAUCAUGGUCCCGACGAAAGCCAACCAGUGCUGCCUUGCAAUUACUGGCUUUCUUCUUCUUUCUUUUGUUUCUCCAUACUCGAGUCGCUCGUCUCCCGGUUCAGGAUGAAGCUGUGAGAAAACCUGGUGCAGACCGACCGAAAAGUCCACUCCUCCAACAUCAAGCCGCCUUCUGGAAAGAUCUAUACCAGAUCAUACUCAACAAUGACCCUCAUUGUGAGCACCUACCAGAAAUUGUGGUUCCGCACAAGUUGGAUAUCGGCUUCGACCCUUCACAUAAUCAUCCGCGCCCAGAUGUCUUGUGGAUGGAGCCUGCUGAUAUCAAACACAUGCAAGAGGCUCAUUCGAAUUUUGUUCAUGAUAUAAAGAGAUCUCCUCCUCGACUUGUCUAUGAGCCAAAUACCAGAGGCAUCGUCAUGACUGCUGGGUACCUCCAACUUCCUGUGCUGGUGACAUCCUUACGUAUGCUACGCAGGACAGGCUCCCUCUUGCCAGUCGAGGUAUUUCUCGCAGAUGGUCCGGAUUAUGAUGACGACGUCUGUGACCAAAUCUUACCAUCUCUAAAUGCAAAAUGUCUCCUUCUGUCUGAUGUUUUUCAAGCUGCCAAAUCUGGGCUAUCAAUUGACCAUUAUCAGUACAAAAUUAUGGCGGUCCUCUUCUCUUCCUUCGAACAAGUCCUCCUCCUCGAUUCCGAUGCCUUUCCUCUCCAUGAUCCUCUCUCAAUCUUCGGUGAGGAGCCCUUCAACACGACUGGCAUGGUUGUGUGGCCUGACUUCUGGUAUGCUUCGGAAUCACCUUACUAUUUCGAGAUCGCCAAACUAGACACCGUUCCAGCACUACAUACUCGAGCUUCUAUGGAAUCGGGAGAGAUAUUGUACUCGAAAUCUCAGCAUGCUCUCUCCAUCAUGCUUGCCACCUAUUAUAACUUUUACGGCCCUAUGUACUAUUAUCCUUUACUUUCGCAAGGCGCUCCUGGCGAAGGCGAUAAGGAAACUUUUGCUUGGGCUGCCACUGUUUUUGGCGAGCCUUUCCAUGCUGUCCGUGAUCCUGUCAAGGCUCUUGGCCGACUUGAUUCCAGUGGAACAUUUCUUGGAAGUGCCAUGGUGCAGCAUGACCCAAGCGUCAACUUUGCUCGGGAGCCGAACACCCGGGGCGCUUCGGACCACAGCGAUUUAUUCUCAUCACAUGUCAUUGCCCCAAGACCUCUGUUCAUUCACGCCAAUUUUCCGAAAUUCGAUCCAUCCACAAUUUUUACCGAGGGCAACGAUCGUACAGGCAUAGGCGGGCCAACCAGGGACAGCAAUGGAACUUCCAUUCGAUGUUGGAUGGACAAGGAGAAGGCCAUUGAGAGGUUUGGUUUCGAUGUCGAGUACCGAUUCUGGGAGGAGAUCAGAGGAACCGCAUGCGAGUACGAACGCCACUUUGGCUGCUGGAAAGGCAAAGAAGGAAUCUGCAAAAGAGUGACGAAAUACUGGUACGACGUCUUCGAACCCAUCGUGACAAGACAGCAAGAGCAUUCACUUUGA